AUGGAUCAACCUACCUUUCUCUUCGGUGGUCUCGCGCUGCUCUCAGUCACUGGCAUUACUUGCCAUAUCGCGCUCGUUUUAUUUUCACCUGCCCCACGUACUGCGCGCACGUCGGAAACUUACUACCGCUGUGCUUCCUCGCCUUCUACGCCCAAGCCUCUUAACACAGUGUCCGCCAAUGCGACCGUGGAGUUGACCGUCGUGAUACCCGCAUACAAUGAGAUGAUGCGUCUCCCAGACAUGCUUGCCACCACCAUGGCCUACCUUACCGCGCCAGAGCGCGCAAGCCGGACAUACGAAGUGUUGAUCGUCGACGACGGCAGUACGGACGGCACCGCAGAUCUUGCUCUCAAGCUCGCUACAGGGUAUCCAAGGAGCGACAUUCGCAUUGUGAGCCUUGCGGAGAAUAUUGGGAAGGGUGGCGCGGUGCGCCAUGGGAUGCUGCAUUCGCGGGGGAAGAGGCUACUGAUGGUGGACGCAGACGGGGCUAGCCGCUUUGAUGAUCUGGAUCUCCUAUGGGUGGAGAUGGACAAAAUUGCGCCCAAUGACGAGGCAGCGAUUGUAGUGGGGAGCAGAGCACAUCUGGUCAAGACGGAAGCCGUCGUUAAGCGAUCGUUCCUGCGCAAUGUGCUCAUGUAUGGCUUGCACACCCUCCUGCGUAUCGUUGGUGUUGGACACAUCCGCGACACCCAAUGCGGGUUCAAGCUCUUCUCUCGUGCCGCCGCGCAGCGUAUCUUUCCCGUGCAACAUCUUCCAACGUGGAUCUUUGACGUCGAGCUACUUCUACUCGCCAAGCAGGCAGACAUGCCCGUCGCCGAAGUACCCGUCGCGUGGCAUGAGGUCAGCGGGAGCAAGCUGCAUGUGGUAGUAGACUCGCUUCAAAUGCUGAGGGAUCUACUUGUCCUUCGGGCCAACCACGUCUUGGGAAGAUGGACUGUCGUACCUGCUGUGCAGAAUGCUAGUAUUGUAUAUGAAAACGGUAACGCUAAGUAA